UUCAGCUCGCACUGCUUCCUUCUUCCUCUCUCUCUCUCCAUUUCUGCAAAAUCUUCUGCUCAAAACCUCUCUCAAAUUCGCCCUCGUCUCCAUCCAUGAACUGCACGAAUUGCGCAUUCCAGUCCGUACCCAUCGCUCCCCUCCCGCAGACCCCCGCCCUCAAGCCCUCGCCGGCCCGGAGCUUGAGGCCGAGCCGCCGAAACCCUAGCCCGCUCGUCUUGCCGAGGAGGAGCUUCCGGGCGAGGUCGUCGGCCGAAGACGGCGGCGGCGGCGGAGGGGGAGGAGUCGAGAGCUGGGUGAACCGGUUGCCGAGGGGCGUGGUGGGAGCCGAUAAGGUGCUGAGGCUGAUCGCCAAUGCCACCGCCAGCCCCAUCAGCCAGUUUGUGGCGGCGCCCACCACGUUCUUGCAUUCGGUGGAUCCCAGGAUCAAGCUGGUUUGGCUUCUGGUUCUUGUUGUUUUACCGGCCAGGUCCCACAUAAUAAUGCGUUUUGGGCUAGUGUUGUACCUGGCCUUGCUUUCUGUGUGGAUCCUACCAAGACAAACAUGGAUGGAUCAACUGGCAAGAGUAUCGUUGCUCUCUGGCAUUCUCUUUAUAAUGUUGGGAUUCGGAUCAGAUGGCGUGCCUCCAUUAGUCCAGUCAAGAACCCCACCCCCCGCAAUGGUCGGAUUGCCCACUGUUCCUCCAUCUUUUGAAGGUUAUUCAUACUUAAUUAUGAAGCUGGGACCACUACAAUUUACGAAGAAGGGCUUGUCAGUGGCUAGCACAGCUGCUUGUUUAACAUUCACUAUUUUCCAAGGUGCGAGCCUUUGUCUAACAACUACAACACCGGAACAACUAGCAUCUGCUUUGAAGUGGUAUAUGCUCCCAUUUAGUUAUGUUGGUGCGCCAGUUGCUGAAAUUAUCCUCACCCUCUUGCUCUCAUUAAGGUUCAUCAAUCUUGUAUUUGAUGAGGUCCGUAAUGUGGCACUUGGAAUAGUAUCUCGUAGAAUAAAUUGGCACAAGUUGACCAUGAUGGAGACAAUUGAUGUGUUCAUUUCCUACAUUCGCCGGAUCUUCAAAAAUAUAUUUACCCAUGCCGAGCAGAUCUCACAGGCGAUGAUUAUUAGAGGCUUCAGGGGCGACAGCAACAAGCACAAGAUUUAUUUUCCAUUGACCUCAUCGAAUGGUAUAGCAGAUACGGUUUCCUUAUUGUGCCUGAUGGGCAUUGUAGGUGCAGCAAUUCUGUCCGAUUACUUGAUUGUUUGACGCUUAAAUCAAUAUAUGUUACUUUCGGUUUAAGCAUAGCUGUGUUCGUGGGCUUUCUGCUUCAUAUCUGUGUGUGAGUCGGAAUUUCAACUUCUUAAAUCAUAUCCAAUUACCCGACGCGGAUUGCAUUAUAGGUGCAGCAACAAA